AUGGCUGUUCAACAACAACAACAUACCGUUGCUGAACAUGGCAGAACAAAGAGCCAUGACUUUGUUAUGAUCUCGGAGACACACUCAACAGCUCAAAAUGACAUGCCGGAGAUAUUUCUUCUGCCAUCUUGUAAUGGUCACAACCUCUACGAAAUUUCGGUCGAUGAACUACAACACCUUUUCACCUCGGGAUCGCUAUCCUCAGCUGAAUAUGUCCAGUUUUGUCUGGACAGAAUCCAAAGGAUUAAUCCAUACCUCGAGGCCGUGAUCGAAACCAACCCCGAAGCCCUCGGUCAUGCAAGGGCUCUUGAUGAGGAAAGGGAGAAGGGAAAAAUCAGGGGACCUCUACACGGAAUCCCGGUCUUGGUCAAAGAUAACAUGGCAACGGCGGAUCGAAUGCAGACGACGGGCGGAUCGUGGGUGUUACUCGGUUGCGUUGUACCAAAAGACGCUCACAUCGUUCAUCUCCUGAGACGAGCUGGUGCCGUUAUCCUCGGCAAGACGAACCUGGACGAAUGGGCUGGUAUGAGAGGUAGCAUCUACUCUUUGGGUUACUCGGCUCGUGGUGGACAGUGUCGAAACCCGUAUCUUCUGAAUCGAUCUCCCAACGGUAGCAGUUCCGGCAGUGCAGUGUCCGUCUCGGCGAAUAUCGUGCCGCUCGCUUUCGGAACGGAGACGGACUGCAGCGUCAUCAGCCCGGGCAUGGUGAACGGUGUGGUUGCCAUCAAGCCGACCGUCGGCCUCACUUCUCGUGGCGGAAUCAUUCCCAUCUCCGAAACUCAAGACUCAAUUGGUCCGUAUGGACGAACCGUAGCCGAUGCGGCUCGAGCACUGGACGUGAUUGCCGGUCCCGACCCCGAUGAUAAGUUCUCGGUCGUCUCCGAGAGACGACAACCCAAGAGCUACUGUGACUUCCUCGUCGAUCGACAUGCGUUGAAAGGGGCGAGGUUUGGUCUUCCCAUGAAACGCUUCUGGGAUGUUGCACCGUACCCGCAAAAGGCCGUGGGAGAGAAGGCUCUGAAGCUGAUCCGGGAGGCAGGUGCGGAGAUCAUACCGGUCGACAUGCCCUGUGCCGUUGAGAGGUUGGAUGAAGAGGGCAUCUGGGAUUGGGAACGAUAUGGUGAAAGUCGACCAGAAAUUUCCGAGAUCACAGUCAGCAAGGUCCAGACAUACUACCUCAUGAACGAGUACCUGGGCAAACUCAAGAACACGCCCAUCAAGACACUCGAAGACGUGGUGCGGUUCAACGACGAGAACCGUGGUUCCGAAGGUGGACACGAAGGGGACCUCCCGGCUUUUCCUGACGGUCAACGCUUGUUUCGCAAAUGCGUCGAGACAAAAGGCAUCAAGGACGAGACAUAUCGUGCCGCGUUGAAACAUAUUCAGACGCAGUGUCGCGAGAAUGGCAUUGAUGCGGCAUUGAAAUGCCCCUCUGACAAGAAUCUCCAAGGAUCUCGAGACGAAACCCUGGACGCUUUGCUUUUCUUUGAUGUCAAAGCUGGUGGCAUCCAGAUUGCAGCGCAGGCCGGAUACCCCGUCAUGACGAUCCCAAUCGGACUCGAUCCGGAUGGGAUGCCGUUGCCGUUGACGCUGCAGCACACGGCGUGGAUGGAGGACCAGCUGGUCAAAUGGGGAAGUGCGAUUGAGGAUCUGUUGAAAGCCCACAACGAGGAGGGUGGUAUUUCGGUGUCUGAGAGGGCGGAGAGGAUGGGGAGAAUCCCUCCGACGUACAAGAAUCAUUUGAGAAAGAAUAUUCCCAUUGAGCCGGAUUAUGAGUGGCCUGGGAGGCACCGAGACCAAGGUGCGCCUAUCAAUUGA